GUUAUUUCCCACUGGAAACUACUUGUUGUACUGCUGUAAUAAUUUUUUAUUUUCUCUUUUACUUGACAUUAAUGAGCCAAAAUUGUUGUAUUGUUGCUGUUGCUGUUUGUGGAAACAUAUGGAAGCUGAGAGGAGACUGAUUAAUCUUCAGGUUCAUUAUUCAAGAGUUUAUUGAACAAAGACGAGCUUCAGAUCUUUUUAAACAAAUGUUCCUUCUCAAUGAAGACUGUAGAACCGUAAAUGAUUUAGACAAGACGUGUAGGUGCUGUUAGUCCAAUGUGUGAUCCAAAAGUAGCAAUACAGAGAUUUAAGAAUUAUUACUUCCAUAUCUGGAAUCUGAAUACAUUCACAGAUAAACUGUGAGUUAUGUGACUCUUAUGGAAUAUGAACACAAUCCAACAGUGAUGAACGAUUUAAAUAUUUAGAAAAGAUUUAGAUCAAACAAGUGAAACUUAAAUAUUUUAAUAAAAUUCAUUAAAAAGUCUUUAUUUGACUAAUUCAAAUUUUAAUGUGAUGAGAGAAAAUCUUUUCUGUUUAUUUUAUUUCCGCUUUAAUUAAUUUUUAUUUUUUAAUCUUAUUUAAAUGACUGAAAGAGAAACAGUGGAAAUAGAGACACCUGCUGGCAGAGAGCCGCUACAGCAAACUUCCGGUCCAACACCUUCACAAUGAAAGCAUCCACCCUGUGAAUAAACUCAACAGGCAGCACUUCCGGUCGUUACGAGGCUAGCAGAAGCCGAAUAUGUCGGCCUCGGUAGCAUCGUUAAAAACCCGUGUGUCGGUUCUUUGCUGGCUGCGCCUCUCUCCGCCAGUACCGAUGAGACUCCCGGGGGCGACUCGCUGGGGGACGUGUCCCGCCGGCGGCAGGUGGAUGUCUCAAACAGGAGAAAACCUGCGACCACUGGAGGGCGUGAGAGUGUUAGACCUGACGAGAGUUCUGGCCGGUCCCUUCGCCACCAUGAUCCUGGGAGAUCUGGGUGCUGAGGUGAUCAAAGUGGAAAGACCAGGAGCAGGUGAUGACACCAGAGUCUGGGGUCCUCCAUUCAUCUCUUCAGAGAGCAUCUACUUCCUGAGCGUCAACAGAAACAAAAAGAGUAUCGCUGUUGACCUGAAACAUCCACGAGGAGCCAAGAUUAUCAAAGAGCUGACUGCAGUGUGUGAUGUGUUGGUAGAAAACUUCCUCCCCGGGAAACUGCAGGAGAUGAAUUUAGGGUUUGAGCAGCUGAGCAAAGUGAAUCCUCAGAUCAUCUUCUGCUCCAUCUCAGGCUAUGGACAGACAGGUCCUCGGUCUCAGAGUCCCGGCUACGACUCCAUCGCCUCUGCUGUGUCAGGGAUGAUGCACAUCACUGGGCCAGAGGGCGGUGAGCCGGUGCGUCCAGGUGUUGCUAUGACGGACCUGGCGACGGGGCUGUACGCACACGGAGCCAUCAUGGCUGGACUGCUGCAGAGACACAAGACAGGGACAGGACUUCACAUUGACUGCAACCUGCUGUCCUCACAGGUUUCCUGUCUCAGCCACAUCGCUGCCAACUACCUGAACGCAGGGAAGGAGGCGAGGCGCUGGGGGACGGCCCACGAGAGCAUCGUCCCUUACCAGGCCUUUGAAACCAAAGACGGACACAUUGUGGUUGCUGCAGGAAACGACAAACAGUUUGUCCAAGUGUGUGAGGUUUUGGAGCUGAUUGAGCUGAACGACGAUCAAAGAUACAAAACUAACAAACUAAGAGUACAGAACCGAAAGGAACUGCUACACACACUGUCCCAGAGAUUCCUGCAGAAGAACACAGCGGAUUGGCUGAAGAGUUUUGAGGGCUCCGGUGUUCCUGUUGGACCAAUCAACAGCAUCCAGGAAGUGUUUUCUGACCCUCAGGUUAAACACAACAAUCUCAUACAGGAAAUGAGUCAUCCAACAGCAGGACGCAUCAGUGUGCCCGGUCCGGCGGUUCGAUUCAGCAGCUUCACCCCAGGUGGACCAACGGCCCCUCCGCUGAUUGGUCAGCACACUGUGCAGGUGCUGCGGGACACCCUGUCCUACAGUGAUGACAUCAUCAAAGUGCUGCUGGAGAGCAAGGCAGUGGUCCAGAACAAGGUGUUCUGAUUGGCCGAGAGAGGGCCGAUAUCAGCUGACUGAACAACAUUGACAACAUUUUAUGAGAUUGAUUGAUUGUGAUUUGACUUAAGUCUGAAGUUCUGAGAAUCCAGAUAUUUCAUUAAACAACUUAAAACUACAUAAACCUGGUAAAGAAAUUAUACAAAUGUUUUAGGUGAAAAAAUCCACAUCCAUUGAUCAGUCAUCAGUAGCUGUUGGACUUUCUCUGGUCGGUCAUCACCGUGUGCAGGCGUCCGUCCUGUACCUCCUGUUGGGGGGGGGGGGGCUCACAGACAUCCUCUCACUGCAGCUCAGCUUUCUGUGCUGGUCGGUUGAAGCCCGGCUGCUGGAGGGCCGGACCACUCAGCUACUGACUGGACUUACACCAUUUUACAGUUCCAUGAUUGAUGCCUGGAGGACUCUCAGCUCCAUCAGACUCUUGGAAGCUGGGUCACCUCACAGGACGUCACUGAGACGCUGGCUCAACCAGAGUACCCUGGAGCCUGGUGGUCGAGGUGUGGCCGUCACUGCCUGAGCCUCUCCGGGACCAUCGCUCAGAACCAAAGUCUGGCUGACCAGUGGAGUGAAGGACAGGAAUACGUCUUUCCUACCCUGAGUGUGAGUCCUGCUGUGGGGGAGUGGAGAGAAGAGAGCGGCCGACUGUAAUCCCUAAAGACUCCUGGGAACAUUGAGCUCCUGUGGAGGGAAGCAGCUCUACGGCAGCUGUGUGAAGGUCUGAACUACCGCUCUCUUGCAGGACUCAGGGAGUCCAGAGGGACUGAGGGUUUUGGCUCGGACUCUUCCCCUAGUGGCAGCUGACAGGUCCUGUAUAAGGCUCCUGUGGAGAAAUGGUUGGCUGACCUCUACAUUAUACAUGGAGUUAUAGUAAAACAGAUGCAGAGUUCACCUGGACCCGAGCACGGGGGGGGGGGGGGGGGGGGGUUCUUUCUGUUCCCUUCCCUUUUUGGUGUCCUGGCCCCGGUUGACUGAUCUCUUUAAGCUACUUCAGGAGUUGGGGGACAAACUCUGGUCUUCAUUAACUUUAUCUUUGCAAGUGCAACAUUGGCUAUUUGGAAUACUAAAAUAAAAUGGUUGGAGCCG